UUUUUCUUUUCUUUUCUUUUUUUUUUUUACAUACGUGAAUCGUUUUCAACUGGUCGCAUAUUACGUUCGUGCUUUCGCUCAGCGCAACGCACAACCAGCAGCACUUGUUGAAAUUCGGAAUUUCUUCCGAGUUGGAAGUCUUGACAGCUAAGAAGCUCUCUGUUCCUAGCACCAUUACUGCCUUUGUUCACUCCCGAACAUAUCAAAAUUCUCAGCUACAUUUUUCGAGUACGAUGUCAGGUUAUAGCUCUCCGACACUUUGAGUUGAGAUAAACCCGCGCGCUGUGUGACAUUACAUACGUGAUUCUAUGUACACGGUGCAUGGACAAGCUGAGAUCAAAGGAGCACGAUGCAACCGCCGUUAGUAGCUACACCCCGAAAAUUACCAGUCUUUGUGUUUCCACAAAGCGUUACAUUCUUCUUAGACAACCAGGCAACUCACAAACAAGUGCUAACAUUGUAUAACCCGUACGACUUUCCUGUAAAAUUCGAAGUUUUAUGCACCGCACCAAACAAGUACAAGGUUGUCGAUCCAAAAGGCACAAUAAAAGCUAGAUGCUGCGUUGAUAUUGUCAUCAGACAUACAGCACCAUUAACGAGCAAUUGCAAUGUAAUUGAUAAGUUCAGAAUACACAUGCAAGAACAUCCUACUAAACAGGCUAUUGGUAAACGAGAUGUCGAAGCUAAACUACUCUCCGGAACAAGCGAUAUUGUCGGAAGAUCAACACCGGAUCCAGAUAUGUUUCAUCAACUCCCAAUCAACGAAACGACAAGGCAACAGCAAUCUUAUGCGCUUAUAAGCCAAAACAGAACAGUGGACAGGGGUACAAAUUAUGUAGCGCUUGUCUCAGGAAUUAUAUGUAUAGCCGGACUACUCUUACCUACAGAAGGUGAACAGAGUAAUAGAGUGCCUGAUUAUCUUCAUCUCUCUAUGAAUUUUAAACUAAUAUUCUCAUUUGUGUUAGGUAAGCAUACACAACCUAUACUUGGGGAAUUACAUGAGACACAAGGUAAUCUUGUUUUGCUACACACAGGUAUGGUGGUAAUUGUCAUUUCAAAGAUAUAAUCCAUGGCUUUUUACACGUAAAGAGCAACUUUGUACGCGCAAGAUGGAUUAACGUGGGAUAAAAGCACAAUUGAUAUAAGACUCGUUUAUAUUGGGCCUCCUUUCUUACGAGAUAUAUACCCGACUCUAGUCUACAGGCCCCGAUAAUAUUUCAAGAUUGUAUCGUCUGAGAUAUUUAUUUGCUAUGCAGAAAAUGUGUUGUUUUCGGGAAGGCUCUCUCGGUACGGUGUAGGAUUCUGGCUCGUGAGCUAUAUAUUUCCAGGCCUACUGGAAAAUCAACGUAAUGUUAUUAAUUGCAGCGUUCGCGAAUUACGCGUUUCUUUGUACGUAUGUGCGUGCGUACGUGCGUGCGUAUGUGUGCGUGAGUGAAAGAGAAAAGAAAAAUGAGUGCGUGCGUACAUGUAUCGAAAAAAAUAAAAAUCGCUUUAUACAGAUAAAUUGUUUACAAUGUAAUAAAACACACACAUGUAACAUAUAACAACGCUACUCAUAUCCGCCUUGCUAACUCUUUCGUCUUGAGAAUCUUGAUGUUGUAUAUAAAACUAUUGUGAUACACUUUUUCAUUCAUUCAAUGAUCAUCUUGCGACAUGAUCUCAGCUGGUCUUCCUGUAUAUAAAGUUUGCUUGCGUUUUAUAUAUUAAAUGUAUGUGUCUGCAAACAGUGGAAACAAGACUGUGAAAAAAUUGAGAUAUCAAUGGCUGAUGUAGAGAAAUGAAGCAAAGUAAAAUCUUUGUGGAAAGAUUAGGUAUAGAGAUAGGAGGAAAGAAAUUACUCAUUUUUGCGAAAUUGGGAAUAGAUGAAAUGUAUAAAAAUAAUCAUAAUAACGAGUAAUUUCCAUAUUGCACAGUUUGGAAAUAAGAGCAUUUAUUUAUUACCAAUGUGUAUCUAUUAUUUACAUAAGUUACAAUACAGACACUUGUGAAUAAAGUGUAUCGUCAAGUGGA